AAAGCCUCGGCAUGAACCAACAUCAAACAUACUUAUAGCACUAGCUAUACUUGGAGAAGGGAAGCUCUGCCGUCGACAUAACUUGUUUAGUCGGUUAUCUAUUGCUUCUUCUUGGACUUCUUCUCGCUCUCAACCACUUCAGAUCUAAGCAAUAUGUCUCAACCCAAAUCAAAUCUCCUGAGCACGCGUACAUUGACUGCGCCGCUCAAGAUUCUCUUCAGCGCCAAAGGAGCAGCUCCUCUACUUCUCGCCCUCCUGUAUUACCCAGAUAAAGUUCGAAGUAUACUUCCCGAGCGACUACAUCCAUGGAUAAACUCUCCUGUCGUCAUUCGGGCUUUGUCGGUCCUGUUGGGCCUCAGCGUCCUCCGAGGCAUCAACAACAAAGUCUCCCAAUGGGCUGUGAACAAUUGGAAGCCCGACGCUAAGUUCAUCAAGAGUCAGGAGAUCGUCCUGAUAACCGGAGGCUCGAGUGGGAUUGGUGAGAUUAUGUCAAAUCAGUUCGCAAAGUUGGGUGUCAAGGUUGUGAUUCUGGACCUCAAUCCACCCAAGACGGCUGUUGCUGCCAAUGUCGCAUUCUACCAAUGCGAUGUUACCUCGCCCGAAAAUAUUGCCGCCGUGGCCGAGGAGAUCCGAAAAGAUCAUGGCGACCCAACUGUCCUGAUCAACAAUGCUGGUAUAGGACUCUGCCGCACCAUUUUAGGUGCAAAGGAACAGCACAUUAGGAAGACCUUCGAAGUCAACACAAUUUCGCAUUUUUGGAUGGUGAGGGAGUUCUUACCUGCGAUGAUCAAGAAGGAUCACGGCCAUGUGGUCACGAUUGCAAGCAUGGCAAGCUAUGUUGUUCAUGCCCAGAAUGUGGACUAUUCUUGCACCAAGGCUAGUGCUCAAGCUUUCCACGAAGGCCUCGGUGCGGAGUUGAGGUCAAGAUAUAAUGCACCGAAUGUGCGGACAACGGUUGUCAAUCCGAUUUGGAUUCGGACACCAAUGAUCGCCCCGUUGAUAGCAAAGCCUGGCUUCAAUGACCCUGUCCUUGAACCAGAAGAUGUUGCCGCAACCAUUGUAAAUCAAGUCGUCUCUGGACGCGGAGGGCAGCUGAUACUGCCCAAGGAAGUGAAAUUUCUAUCCACUCUUCGAGCCUGGCCUUAUUGGAUGCAGACCAGGCUCAGCAAUCGAAUGGCGCAUGUGCUUGACUUUUCCGAUGAGGAAGCAGAGGCGGCAUAUAGGGGAUAGGCUUUCUGUUUUGGGCGCUGGGUGUUUCCCGUACCAUCAGGGUGGAAUAGUUUUGAAUUCUCGGGAUACUUGCUUGAAAAAAAUCUUUUCCUUCCAAUGAUAAC